CACAAAUUACAUUGCCUAUAAAUUAUUCCCUACAGAAACGCUAAAGAAUAAAAGUAAACUAUAACCGGCAGCAAUGGAUGUGAGACUAGUUUUUUUUUUGUUAGUUUCAUUACUUUUUUCCUUUCACUCACCUAAUAAGUGCGUCAAAAUCUAAUUUCUUUCAUGUCGAAAAAUCAAUGAAUUUGUUAGAGAAAACAGAAAAUACUUGCCCGACAAGAAAAAGGAAAUAAAAAUAAAAAUGAACGACACGUGAUGUGAUGACAAUGACGGUUCGAUCGUUAAGAAAAUGGUGGGACCGGGUCCAUUCCUACGCGGACGGUUAAGAUCUAAUCUCGAAAUUGUACGCACAUCAGGUGCUACUUAUUAUCCCUCCCUCAGACUCGGUUAUUUUAGGGUUAGGAUUCCGUCUCAUUCGUGAUCUAACCAACUUCUGCAAUUCUCAUGGCUUCCGUUCCACCUCUCCCCAUGGAGGAGCAACCACCAACUACGGAGGAGCGACCAUCAAGUGAGAAGAAACAGGAACAAGAACACGAUUAUUUUCUGUCUCAUUUUGACGAAGAUACCGAUGAGGAAGAAAGCAGCCAGUCCGGUACUUGCGAAGCCGAGGAAUUUCGUGAGAUGACGGAUGCGGAGCAAAAAGCCUUUUCAGCUGCUUUCAAAGAGAGUGGUGGAUUUGAUGUUCCUCCUUUUCCUGGGGUUUAUUACAACGACCUAAUUACGCCCAUGAAUAUGAGUAAAGGUGGGCCGGAAUAUCUAUUCCGUUAUUCCGUGGCAGGGAUCGGCCGAUAUAAUGAAGAACAUGGAACCAACUAUGAGGUAGUCCGAGUGGAAAAGUGCAUGCAACAGGCUGCUCGCGGUAUUAAGUACUACAUAACCUUCCAUGCCAAGAAUAAGAUUGCUUCAGAGCAUGGCAGUGAUACUCCUAAAGCUGCUGAUGAUAGUAGCGAUAAAACUGAAAUCUUUGAGGCUUUGGUCUUGUUCGGUAUUCCAAAGGACAAAAAGGAUGAACCAAUCGAUGUGAUCUUUUGUAGGCUAAAGGGUACCAGGCCAGAUCUUUGAAAAUUUUGUGGAGGCGUUCAGCUGGUGGGUGAGAAGAGCACCAGAAGUUGAGCACGUCAUCUUGUUAAUGCUUCUUAUUUUAUAAUUUGAACCUCUAUCUAGAAUGUUUAUGUGUUAAGCGAUCUAAACUCAUCCGACGCUUUCGCUUACCGACUACAGUACUGUUGAUUAUAUAACUUUGUGCUGCUUCUAUGUUUAAUGAUUUAGCUAUGAAAACCACAUUAUCCUAAUUUCUUAUACUCAGCUUUAGGUGAGUUAGGGAACUUUUAUUCUGCUGUCACAGUGUUCAUGGCCCAUUUUCGCCCCAAAAGCUCUCGACGAGCUGUAUACGAAAUUAACAUCUAUAUAUCUAGUAGAAUGAAAUUUACGUCUGUAUUAUAUCUAGUUAUCUGUACAAUGGAUCAUAUAAGUGAGAGAACCGUUUUGCUACUGAUUCAGCGCCAGCACCAUUGGUUUAUACAAGACUUAAAGCUUUUUUCUGGUUUAAGCAUCUUCUGCAUGAAUUGCUGUUCUGUUUCCUGGACCAUAAAAUGUCCAUUGGCUGGGCCUGGGAUGAUCAAGUUGAACCUCCUUUGAGCCUAGGCCUAGAAGAUUUAGCGCAAAUCAGCCUAUAAAAUGUAUAAAUCAGACAAAAAAAAAAAUCAUUUAGUCACCAAUUCAGUGAGAAUAUAAAAGUAAACAAAUAAAAUCAAGCGUAACUAAGUUGUUUGAAGUUUGAAAUCGGUUCUCAUUGUCAUGGAUUUGAUUCUUCACCAACAUUUAAAGAUUUUGCAUGUAUUGUCUGAUUUAGUUUCUGUUGGUUAAUUAAGUUUGAUCGAUAAUGCAAAAUCUUAGGGGAGGAGAAUGCCACGUGUGCAUUCAAGAAAUCAGGACACACCAUAUGUACAAAACCCAAUCCAAAUUUCAAGCCAAAAUUACAAAUGCUGGCAAUUACUGUUAUUCAUGCACACUGGAUCCAUUUGCCAAAUAUUUUAUCUGGAAUUUGCCCCGUUAAAACCACUCAUGUGAAAUGUGGUUGUCUGUUGAUCCUUACGGUUGGGCAUUUGCGCAUUGUCAAGUCCACACAUUAAUAUAAAAAUUUUAAUUAACAAUGUAAAUUGGUUCGGUUUGAUUUCUGAUUUGGUUUCUUAUUUAAUAAUGUAAAUUAAAACAUGAAAAAAAAUCACUCUCUAAACUUUAAUUAAAGAAUGAAUCUCACCCAUUUAACCUCAUAAAUUAUGGGUUGAGACAGCAAAAAAUCAAGUAUGAAUAAAUAAAAAUGACUAUGAAAUUGAACCA